AUGAAUCCUGCUAAAGAGUUAUUGAAUACAUCGUUGCUUCUCUCCCUACUUGUUUUCCGAUUUUGCAUUUCCCUUGACACCAUUUCCCCGAACCAGCCAAUUAAAGACGGUGACAUCCUGGUUUCCAAAGGAGAAACUUUUGCACUUGGGUUUUUCAGCCCUGGAAACUCUGGCGGCCGCUACGUCGGAAUAUGGUAUCACAAAGUUCCUGAACAAACCGUUGUGUGGGUGGCAAACAGAGACAACCCUCUCAAUGACACCUCCGGACUCCUCUCCAUCAACGGCCGUGGAAACCUCGUCCUUAACAGCAAAAAGCGAAGCACCCCCAUCUGGUCUACAAACGCUUCAGUCUCAUCCACAAACAAUUCUAUGGCUCAGCUCUUGGAUUCUGGAAAUCUUGUUUUGGUUCUACCAGACAACCAAAGGGUCACGUGGCAGAGCUUCGACUAUCCCACCAAUACUCUGCUUGCAUCCAUGAAACUCGGCCUGGACAGGCGAACAGGGUUGAACCGUUCUCUAACAUCUUGGAAGUCCGAAGAUGACCCGGGAACCGGUACCUGCUCAUAUGGGAUUAACCCAAAUGGGUACCCACAAUUCUUCUUAUACAAGGGUGGAACUCCCUUGUGGCGGACCGGAUCUUGGACCGGCCGAAGAUGGAGCGGUGCACCCAACACGGUACCUAAUUUAACCAAUUAUAGUUUUGUGGACAAUCAAGAUGAGAUCACUGCCGUGUACGGCUUCACUGAUCCCACAGUUUUCACAAGAAUCGUGUUGGAUGAAUCAGGAACCAUUCACCGGCUCACAUGGAACGGUAAUAAAUGGGUCGAAUUUUGGUCCUUCCCGGAAGAAUGUGAUAGGUACAGAGAGUGCGGUCUAAGUAGUAACUGCAAUCCAUAUGAACCCGACAAAUUUUGGUGCACAUGCCUGCCCGGACUCGAACCCAACUCAACCCAUGAUUGGAACAUGAGAGUUGGAUCGGGCGGGUGCUUGAGGAAGCAAGGAGCAUCCAUGUGCCGAAACGGUGAAGGGUUUGUGAAGCUGGUACAUGUGAAGGUGCCAGAUACUUCUGUCGCACGUGUGAACAUGAGUUUGAGUUUGAAGGAAUGUGAGCAAGAGUGCUUGAGGAACUGUUCUUGUACGGCAUACAGCAGUGCAGAUGAGACAAGAGGAGGGAUUGGGUGCUUGUCAUGGCACGGGGACUUGGUGGACAUCAGAACAUUUGCCAAUGCAGGACAAGAUUUGUAUUUCCGUGUGGAUGCAGUUGUACUAGCUCAAUAUGCAAAGAAAAAUGGUCUUACGCAGAGCAAGAGCAUGGUGGCGAUUCUUGUAGUUUCUAUUGGUCUAAUGUUGCUUCUUGUGGUCUCCAUUGCGCGUUGGUUGGUAAUGAGGAAGAAAAAAGCCUACUUUGAGGAAUCUGCAAUGGAGCUCGAAAGAAGUACAAAAAAUUCAUAUCUACCAUUCUUUGAUCUAAGUAUCAUAAUUGCAGCCACUGAUAAUUUCUCUGAUGCUAACAAGCUUGGACAAGGUGGUUUUGGCUCAGUUUAUAAGGGUGUCUUAGAUAAUCAGAAGGAAAUUGCAAUAAAAAGACUAUCAAAAUACUCCGGACAAGGAAUAGAAGAAUUCAAAAAUGAAGUUACAAUAAUUGCUGAACUCCAACAUAAGAAUCUUGUGAGGAUUCUUGGUUAUUGCAUUCAAGGAGAAGAGAAGAUGUUAAUCUAUGAGUAUUUGCCAAACAAAAGCCUCGACUUUUUCAUUUUUGAUGAAACAAAAAGGUCAUUGUUAGAUUGGAGAAGACGCUUUGAGAUUAUUUGUGGGGUUGCUCGAGGGCUCUUAUAUCUUCAUCAAGACUCAAGAUUAAAAAUUAUCCAUAGAGACUUAAAGGCUAGUAAUAUUCUACUUAACAAUGCAUUGAAUCCAAAAAUUGCAGAUUUUGGUAUGGCUAGAAUUAUUGGAGGGGACCAAAUUGAAGCAAAUACAAAUCGCGUCGUUGGAACAUAUGGUUAUAUGUCACCGGAGUAUGCAAUGCAAGGACUAUUUUCAGUGAAGUCUGAUGUAUAUAGUUUUGGAGUUUUGAUGCUAGAAAUAAUUACUGGCAAAAAGAAUAGUGCUUAUUAUCAUGAUGGUCCCUCCUCAAAUUUGAUCGGCCAUGUUUGGGACUUGUGGAGAGAAGAUAAAGCCAUGGAAAUAGUUGAUUCAUCACUGGGUGACCAAUAUGCUAAUGAAAUUUCGAGAUGUAUUCAAAUUGGGCUUUUGUGCGUGCAAGAACAUGCAACAGAUAGGCCAACCACGUCAGCAGUUGUUUUCAUGUUGGGUAAUAACACAACUCUUGCUCAUCCAAAACAACCUGCAUUUAUCCUGAAGAGUACUCACAACGGUAAAGAUAGAUCAAUUAGUGAAGUAGCUAAUUCUGUAAAUGAAGUAACAAUUACUAUGCUUGAUGCUCGCUAA